AUGCCACCCAUGAUCAGAGACAAAACAUCGUUCGACGCGAUCGUCGACCCUACCUCUUCUCAGAACACCCUUUCACUCAAGCGAAUCUGGAGGAAAGCAAUGCCACGCGCAAAUCCUUCGGCGAAGCGGUCGCCUGAUGGGAUUUCCAAAAAGCGAAAGCUUGCAUUGUACUUGUUGCCGCGGCCUCCGAUCAAGUAUCUCGUCACAGACCUUGUCACAGACCCCAGGAACAGGAUAGCGAAUCCACACAGCGAGCAUGAGCAAGCUCUAUCGAAUGCGACUGAUCAAGAGCAAAAGGAGAAAUGGGACCCAGAAUCAUUUCUACACCAAGACGAGCAAGAACGGAACCUUAUCAAAGCCUGGAUCCACCUCGGUUCGCGUGGCCGUUCGCUUUACCGCGAGCGAUGCGACGAUAUACCUCUUCCUCAACACAUCCCUUCAAAUCUGUCAGUCUUCGAGAAGCGCCGCAAAGUGACAGAUUCAGGCGAAUGGAAUCGUGCUGCUGGUGCGAUAUGGAUUCGAACAUGGUAUGGCAAUGAAGCAUCUCAUAGGCAGAACCUGGGUGAAGAGAUUGUUACACGCGCAAGUGCCGACGAGGCAUAUUCCCGACUAUGGCAGAAAGUGACGUGCUGUCCGGAACACAACUACAACUUCGACAAAGAUUUGUUUGGGCCUUUUGUGUUCGACGACAACAAUGCCGCAUACGGAGUGGCGGCACAGGACGCCGAUGACGAGGUUGAGCUGAUGGAUGGUAUACCACCUUUCAUCUUAAGCGCUCUGGUCAGAUGCCCCGACGCGAUGGAAGGAAGCAGUGUGAUUCAGAUGAUAGGUGAGGAGUACGAAAAUACCCAUCAAACGUUGCUUGUAGCGGUUGCAGACCGCGAGGCAUGCGAAGAGGGAUGGGUGUUGCUGAUUGCACUUAACCACAAGGGCCAGGCGUUGCACCUUCGUGUCAGAUGCAAAGCUGCCAAUGUCUCACUGCAGGUGUACUCUUUCAGGAUGGGAGGCGACCCGUUGGAUAUCACGGAAAGCGAGGAGAAUGUAGUAGACUACCUGGAUGCCAAUCGAUCAGGCGAUGGAUGGGAUGAAGAUUGA